ACCGGAGAGGAGCACUUUACCGUUUCAUCAGUCAACUCGAAACCAGCUGGCUUGUUCUUUUUUUUUCCAUUUUGCCCUUUUUUCUUCUUCUUCCUUUUCAAGUGCGGACAUCGCAAGACACACAGCGCGCGCUCACCCUCGGGGGAGAGAGACGGCCGUGCGUAAAGACCACCGCGCGCUCCAAAUCGGUUUUACGCACCGGAGCGGAAGAGAAUCGUUUUCUCAGAUAAACUCUGGCACGCUGAAGUCCAUCUAGAGACGCGUUCCCUCUCUCGAGAAAGCCUCCCCAAAAAAACCUCCUUCGUUUCACGCGUAAUUUGGCACGGCGCCGUGCGUCUGUAUGAAUCUCCUCGACCCGUACCUGAAGAUGACGGAGGAACCAGACAAGUGCCUCUCCGAAGCCCCGAGCCCGAGCAUGUCCGAGGACUCCGCGGGCUCCCCGUGCCCGUCCGGCUCGGGCUCCGACACCGAGAACACGCGGCCGUCGGAGAACGGUCUGCUCGGCGUGGACGUAGAGUUCAAGAAGGAGGACGACGACAAGUUCCCCGCGUGCAUCCGCGAGGCUGUGUCCCAGGUGCUCAAGGGCUACGACUGGACCCUGGUGCCCAUGCCGGUGCGCGUAAACGGAUCCUCUAAGAACAAGCCGCACGUGAAGCGGCCGAUGAACGCGUUCAUGGUGUGGGCGCAGGCGGCGCGCCGGAAGCUGGCGGACCAGUACCCCCACCUGCACAACGCGGAGCUCAGCAAGACGCUGGGGAAGCUGUGGAGACUUCUCAACGAAGGGGAGAAGCGGCCCUUCGUGCAGGAGGCGGAGCGGCUCCGCGUGCAGCACAAGAAGGACCACCCGGACUACAAGUACCAGCCGCGGCGGAGGAAGUCGGUGAAGAACGGCCAGAGCGAGUCGGAGGCCGGCGGCGAGCAGACGCGCAUCUCCCCCACCGCCAUCUUCAAGGCGCUGCAGCAGGCCGACUCCCCGGCCUCCAGCCUGGGGGAGGUGCACUCCCCCAGCGAGCACCCAGGCUCCCAGGGGCCCCCGACCCCUCCCACCACCCCGAAGACCGAGGCCAUCUCGGUCAAGACGGACCUCAAGCGCGAGGCCGGCGUCCGCUCCGCCGCGCCCGACGGCCCCGCCGGCGCCGGCCGCCAGCUCAACAUCGACUUCCGCGACGUGGACAUCGGCGAGCUGAGCAGCGACGUCAUCUCCCACAUCGAGACCUUCGACGUCAACGAGUUCGACCAGUACCUGCCGCCCAACGGCCACCCGGGCUCCGCCGCGCCCGUCUCCUACACCGGCAGCUACAGCAUCGGCGGCGGCGGCGGCGGCCCAGUGAGCCCUCAGGCGGGCGCCGGCGCCGCCUGGCUGGCGAAGAGCCAGAGCCAGCAGCACGGUCUGGCCCCUCUCGGGGCCUCGGAGGCGGCGCACAGGACCCAGAUCAAGACGGAGCAGCUGAGCCCGCGGCACUACGGCGAAGAGCAGGACUCCCCGCAGCACGCCGCCUACAGCAGCCCCUUCAACCUGCAGCACUACAGCCCGCCGCCGCCGCCGGCCGCCUCCUACCCGACCGCCGCCGCCUCCCGGGCGCAGCAGUACGACUACUCCGACCACCAGGGCGGAGGCUCCUACUACAGCCACGCCGUGGGGGCGGGGCCGGGCUCGGGGGGGCUGUACUCGACAUUCAGCUACAUGAGCAGCCCCAGCCAGCGGCCCAUGUACACGCCCAUCGCCGACAACGCCGGGGUGCCCUCCGUCCCUCAGAGCAGCCCGCAGCACUGGGAGCCGGCCCCCGUCUACACCCAGCUCACCAGGCCGUGAGGGGCCACACACACACACACGCUGACAUACAGGACACUUUACUGCAGGAGAGCUCCGCCUCCUCCGGGUCGGCUCCCCGACUCAGACACUUGAAGAAGA